CCAAUUUUAACCAUCAACGAACAAUAUUCACAGUCUAAACACUAAACAUUCUGCUUAGGUCAUAUAGCCACCACCAGAACUAUUCUAUGGUAGCUACAUAACCUUUAUUUUAAUUGGAGGUUUUCGGUAAUUUUAUAAUUCACAUUUGCAAGGUGAAUUGUUUUUAAUUUAAAUUAAAUUUAACGAGCUAUCAAAGCGACAAAUCUUUGGUGUAAUUAAAUGUGUAUGCAUAUGCUCAACACUUUGUGGAUGUUUGAAUUAUGUAAAUUAUAAAUCUUAAGAUUCAUAAUGGCUUCAUAUACUGUAACUUCUAUAACCCAGAUUAGCACUUCUGUUGAUCCAUUUAUUUCAAAUGAACAAGAAAACAAAGACUUAAUUGAGGAUGUCAGUUUUGGUGGUGUGUUUUCCGACACAAAAUAUGCAUGGUUGGUAAAUGGAGCUACUUUAAAAGUAAUCAACACUAGGACAUCCCAAGAAAUAAGUUGCUGGGUUUUUGGAAAUAUUUUGAAAGAUUGGACUGCUAAAAUUAACUGUGUAGAAGAACUUCCACGUAUUAAUUAUAAGUUUCCAUUAAUAGUAGUCGGUUUAAAAUGUGUAUUAAAUAGAGGAAUGGUAUGUAUAUUUGAGUUCACAGGAUCAAAAGUAUUAAGGGCUAUUGAAGUUCCUACUGAGGUAACAAAUAUUGGAAUAAUAGAUACAGGAUUAAAUGAUUGUUUAUUACCUGAACCAUUACGAGCAUUUGAUGGAGCAAUAGCUGUAGGUACAAUCGGUGGAGAGGUAACAAAUAUUGGAAUAAUAGAUACAGGAUUAAAUGAUUGUUUAUUACCUGAACCAUUACGAGCAUUUGAUGGAGCAAUAGCUGUAGGUACAAUCGGUGGAGAGGUGUAUCUUUUAGAUUUAUGUAUAGAAGCUUGUGAAGAUGCUAUUACUGCAUUUAGAAACAUAAGAGAUGAAGCCAAUCUGUGCAAAAUGAUGGAGCUCUCUCUUAAUAAUAUACCACAUUUAGAAACAUAUAAACAGCAAUCUAAUAGAAAAUCAGAACAUCUUAGUUUACGUUUAAACGAUGUUGAAAAUGAAGUAAGGCAAGUUUUUGUUCUCAAGGGACCAACAGGCAAAGAGCAUGCCCAUGUUAAUAAAGUGGAAGUUGCCAUUAGUGCAUUACAUUACUGUCCACAGUUGGGAUCUUUAUUGAUUGGUUACAACUUUGGUGCAUGGCAACUUUGGGACCUUAUGCAAAUCAAACUUCUUUACACAUCUCCAAUUUUUGAAAAUAAUAUACCUGUCACAAAUUUUGCAGUGCAGGAGCCUUGUGAUGACCCAAGAGCAUUUUGCUACGUAUGGGUGAUCUACAGUAACAACGAACGCUACAUGGCGGGAUUCCCCACUGCUGUCAUGUACGCUCUUAAUUAUGGUUCUAAAGAAUGGCAUGAAGGAUACGGUUUUUUGUAUGAAGAUCUUCGUUCAUGCUCUCCUAGAUUCCAAAGAGAGCUUAAACUUGCAGACGACAGAGACGUUAAACCAACAGGUGGUGAAUGUUUAAGAUGUGUAUCUGUAAAUAAAGGUGUAGCUAAAGCCAAUUCCCCAAACGAAUCUUAUGAAGACGCAUGCUCUUGUUGUUUUUUCAUUUGGAAUAUUUGGGGAAAAGAUGGAAUAGUUUAUACUUAUUUAAGCCUUUUUGACCUGAAUCAGUGGUACAAAGAACAAAUGCCAGAGUUUUCUCAAAAAGGGGAAGACAUUGAUAGUUCCUAUAUAAGUACUACUUGUCUAUCUGACGUUAUUAAAAAUGCAAACCAAACUGAAUCAUUUGUUCUGGACGUAUGUAUAAAUAUCAAUUCUAUUAAUCAGUUUAAAGGCAUUACUCGACUUGAAGAACAUUAUUUUCCUUCAUCAAUGUCAUUUGAUUUAUGUGUAUUAAGAGAAAACGACGUGUCUCUUAUUAAAAAUAGAGGUAGCCAAAAAAGUUUACUUUUUCUGAUGGAGUCUAAAGGUCCUCUCUGUUUUGUUGAACCAACCGAACUAUAUCAACAGUGCAUUAAAUUAGGGCUAACUCCACUUUUCACUGAAACUCUUUCGCCUUCUUCUGCGACUUUGGAAUAUCAACGAGAGUUUCUUUUAAGUGUUGCCUUAGAACAGCAAUUAGUUGGAUGGCUAUUUAAAUGUGGGUCAUCAUCAAGCAAUGGUAGUUUUUCCUCAGUGGGUUGUAGUUUGAGCGUUCUUCUUAAAUGGGGCUGGCAAAGAGCCCAUGUUUUGAAACAAAAUGCUGAUAAUCUAUGUGUUCCUUUUUUUGAUUUUUCCGGAGUAAAACUAGAUACCAAUUCCACUAAUUUACUUAAUAAUUGUAUCAGACAAUUAAAAAAUUUAACUACAUUUUUUAAAUUCGUCCUAAAAAAGUUUAGGAUACAGUUAAACAAUCCAGAGUUAAUCGAAAAACAGCAUAAUUCUCUCGAAAUGGUGACCAUAUAUUUGGAAGUCAUACAGUGGGCAUUUAAUGUAGGAUUACUUCCUGAAGCACCUUUAUCUUUUUAUCAGAAUUUAGAUCAGGCUGAAGGACCUUAUGCUCCAUAUCCUGUUAAAACAUUAACUGAUUACUACAACGAAAGGAGAAUACAUUUAAAUCUAUUGCAUCAGGAGCAUUUUUCUUGCAAGGAAAGCGUACUUUUUAUUGAUAAUUUAAUUGAACAUAAUGGGGCUGCUAUACAACAAGAAUGGAAAAAUGAUGGAGGCAAUGGAUUUUACCCUCCUCCUUCAUUGCAGGCUCUUAUGAGAACGUAUCUCAUCGAAAACAUGGAUAUGAAUCAUAAACAUUGCAUAGUUGUCUAUGUAUUUCUGGACCUUGCUGUUAAUUUAUCUCAAGAAAAAUAUAAAUCGAUUAUAACGCAGUUGAUAAAGUUUCCAGCUGUGUUUCAGCUGACUCCAAGCAUUAUAAAAAUUACCCAGGCAUUCUGGCAACUGGACCAUGGCGAUUUUUCAACUGCCAUCGAACAACUAUUAGAUCCAUUAGUUAAAAAGGAAGAUCUCAAAAUGUGGCAUCACAGAACCGUUUUAAGAUCAUUUUUAUUGCAAGGACAUCAUAAUUAUGCCCUCCUAUAUUUACAGGUGAGGCAACCUCCAGCUGCAGAUGUACAAGAUCUUUGUACUACCAUAAGCCUUUAUAUUGCAAACAAUAUGUUAGAUGAGGCUUUCAACUUUCAAAGGCGAAACAAGAACGGUUGUAAUGAAGCUCAGUUGCUCCGACAUUUCUUUAAAGAUUGUAGCAAGAAGAAUCACUUGAUAUCUAUACUUCAUUUACCUCUAAAUCCGACAGAAGAAUCGCAUUUUAUGAAAUAUUUGGAAGAAGUUAAUCAUCCUCAGUUGGAGGACUUCAAAAUCUUCUACCAUCUACAAAGGUCAAGGUACAUCGACGCUUUCAGUAUUAAUAAUAAAUUGAAUGAAAAAAAUCUUGAAUCACUUGGACUUAUGGGGAAGCAAAGGUCGAAUCUUAGAGAUUUUGUCAUCAAAUCGACGUUUGAACACAUGCCCAAUAUUAGUAAAAAGCUGUCAGAAUUUUAUCGUAUACAAAAUAAUUCGAUUUGUGAUAAUGAUAAUAACGAAAAACCACUGUCUCUAUUUGUUAAUGACAAAAUGCACAACAAAGUUUACAAUUCCAAUUUUCUCUACGCUACGAUUUCGAAGACUAACAGCUUGUGGUUAUCUGAUAAAAACGGCGAUAUGAGAUGUAGCGUUUGCAUUAGUGACUCCUUGCCAUUUAUUAAAACACCCACCCUUUCUAAAAGCCGCAAAAGAUCUGCACCACCUGUUUUGUACCCAGAAGAAAUUACUAUAGAAAGUAACCAAGAUUUAGAAGGACCAAGUACUCCAAAGAGACGCAGGUUAAGUCCACGUUCACCAGUUCAUUCUGCAGAAAAAGAAUUCCCAAGUGUACUAGCCUUUGAUACUCCUGUAAUCAAACGAAAAGAAGUUAGAGGAAAAGAGGUUAAUACCACGAUUGUUGAUGGCACCCCAUAUACACCUCAGAGUAUUCUCAAAAAAACAUAUAAAUCUAAUACGAAUGUUGAUAAUAGAGUCACACCAGAAAGACUUAGUGACGUGGAAAACGAUGAAUUGGAUAACACAAUUUUCAUUGAUGAAACUAAUAGAGUAUCCGAUUAUUCAUAUACUCCCAAAAAGAGAUUUACUUUGUCCCCUCGUAAGUCCAUUCUACGCUCGUCGAGACCGUCAGUUCAUUUUGAAUCCCAUACAUCAAAAUCAGAACAGCAAGACAAAAUUGAAGUAGAUUUGAUAAAUGCCCCAUCUCAAAUAGUUAAACCGCCAACAGGUAGUUUACUUACAAAACAACGUUUAAGCGAAAAAUAUAACGAAACCAAAAGUAUUAAUCUCGACUCCAAUUCGAAAACUAGUUCUCCCUCUACAGAAGAUAUAUUUUGUACACCAGAAAGCUCUUUCGAAAAUUUAACAAAUGGUAAGAUUGUAGAAAAGAACGAAUCAGAGGAACAAACGUCUGAAAAUUAUAACACUGAGGAAGAUACAACAAACGUUUACAAUAAAAAACUUAUAAACUAUAAAAAAGUACUUUCAACGCCAAAAAAACGUAGAAGUUAUAAAGAUAUUUCUGACGUUCCCGUAAGGUGCAGUCCUAGAUUAGGACGAUCAGUAGACAAAAUUGACAUGUCGUCUAUACCUUCUAAUGAAGCUAAUAAACGACAAAUUCUGACCCGUAGUUCGACGAAGAAAUUGCCUGCAGGAUCAGAAAUAUCCAACAUUUUAAAUUAUAAAGAAUCAUCACCUACUUCGUCAACGACAGUCGAAGAAGAAAAAUCUUGUUUGAAAAAACAAUUACUUCGAAAAACCAGUCCACUUUCAGAGAAAAUUGCAGAAUCAUUACAAGAGCGAACAAAAAAGACUACAGAAAUAUUUUUAAUAAAACAAGACACACAUAAGGUUGUUUCUAAUAAAAAUACUGCUGAAGAAGAGACUAAUCGAAGUUCUGAAGAAGAUGAAAGUGUCGUAGAAAAAGAAGAAACGAUAACAGAGAAAUUUGUAGAUGAUAAUAUAGUUACAGUUGAAUUAUUGCAGACUAAAGAAGAAGAAACUAAAAAAUUUACAGAAUCUGUUUCAGCAAUUAAUAAAGAAGAUAAUUUAAAGCAAACAAAUAAAGUUUCAAAAGAAACCAAGUUGAAUAAAGGAGAUGUACAAAACACAUCGCAAAAUUUAAAUAAGCAGGAGGAAACAGCAGAUAAUUAUUCUGACUUACCCACAGUAGAAGGGCAACAGGAUCUCAGUGAAUAUUCUUNGUAA